GUUCAGCCUUGCACUGUAGCCUCGCCACUUACUGUCGCAUCUUUUUUGUCUACUUUUGCCCCUCCAUCUCGCUCUAUUGUUCUCUUCCGGCUUCCAAACGCCACUCCUCGCCUUCGUAUCUGUAGCCUCGCCAACUCAAAUCGUCUGCGUCACUCGCCGUCUCAGCCUCGUCUGUCUCUUCCUCCAUCUUUUCUUCCCGUCCCCUCUCUUUUUUCUUUUUUGCUCUCUCUCCUCCACUCGUCCACCUCACCUACCGCUCAGCCCGACACAGCGCUCCACAGCCAUGGCCCUCGUCAUCGACGAAGACGCUCUCGAGCCGUCUCUGCAAACGCUCCUCGACCAGCGCUCGCUCCGCUGGAUCUUCGUUGGCGGCAAAGGUGGUGUCGGCAAAACCACCACGUCGUGCUCCCUCGCCAUCCAGCUCGCCAAAGUGCGCCGCUCCGUCCUGCUCAUCAGUACCGACCCCGCCCACAACCUGUCCGAUGCCUUCAACCAGAAGUUUGGCAAGGAGGCCCGCCUGAUCAACGGCUUCGACAACCUCAGCGCCAUGGAGAUCGAUCCCAAUGGCAGCAUGCAGGACCUGCUGGCUGGCCAGGGCGAGAACACUGAGGAUUUGAAUGCCAUGAGCGGGGGAAUUGGAGGCAUGAUGCAGGAUCUUGCCUUUGCUAUCCCCGGUAUUGACGAAGCCAUGUCCUUCGCCGAAGUCCUCAAGCAGGUCAAGUCCCUCUCCUACGAGACCAUCAUCUUCGACACCGCCCCCACCGGCCACACCCUUCGUUUCCUCCAGUUCCCCUCCGUCCUCGAAAAGGCCCUGGCCAAGGUCUCCCAACUCUCCUCCCAGUACGGCCCGCUGCUCAACGGCUUCCUCGGCUCCAACGGUGCCCUCCCCAACGGCCAGAAUCUCAACGAGAUGAUGGAGAAGCUCGAGUCCCUGCGCGCCACAAUCUCCGAGGUCAACACCCAGUUCAAGGACGCCGAGCUGACCACCUUUGUGUGCGUCUGCAUCGCCGAGUUCCUGAGCUUGUACGAGACGGAGCGCAUGAUCCAGGAGCUGGCCAACUACGGCAUCGACACCCACAGCAUCGUCGUCAACCAGCUGCUGUUCCCCAAGAAGGAGAGCGACUGCGAGCAGUGCAACGCCCGCAGGAAGAUGCAGCGCAAGUAUCUUGACCAGUAUGAGGAGCUUUACGCCGAGGACUUCAACGUCGUCAAGAUGCCUUUGUUGGUGGAGGAGGUGCGAGGCAAGGAAAAGCUGGAGAAGUUUAGCGAGAUGCUGGUGAAGCCCUACGUUCCACCGCAGUAACGAGGGGGGGGGGGGGGUCAAUAGAGGAGAAGAGAGGGAGAGAAGAAUAAGAAAGAAAAGGAAUGCUUUAAAAAAACUCAGAAAAGAAAACAAAAUUUCCAACUUAUGUCACCAGCAAGACUUACGGGUUAUGUAUAUGUCUAGAUAUUAUUCCUUCAAUAGAUUUACUAUAAAGUAGUCCAGGCGAUUUUAGCCCUCACAGCAUUACAUAUUUCAC